AUGGCUUCAUACACGCUCCCCGAGCUCAACAGGGCGCUAGCAACAAUGUAUUCCAAUGCACCUCGAGAAGAGAAAACCAAGGCAACUCACUACCUUGAGCAGUUUCAGAAAUCUCAAGAAGCCUGGUCAAUGACUCAUGAUAUACUAUCGCUGAAACAGUCGUCCGAUUUGCAAUUGCAGCUAUUUGCUGCGCAGACUUUGAGAUCGAAAAUCAUCUAUGAUCUUAGCAACCAGAUGCCUGAGUCUGAUUAUGCAGCAUUGAAGCAGAGCAUCAUUGGGUUGAUGAAGAUGUACAACACGCCUCGGGAUAAACUUAUCCGGACGCAGUUGAGUGUCGCCUUGUCUCAGUUGGCCUUGCAAUACUUGACUUGGCAGAAUGCCGUUGGUGAAAUUGUUUCCGACUUGAGUGCUCUGGCUGACAAUGCCUUUGUCUUUGUCUUGUUGGAGUUUUUAAAGAUUCUACCUGAAGAAUUGAGCGACGUGAAGAAAUCGCAUCUUACCGACGAGGAAUAUAACAAGAGAUCGACUGAAUUAAUCACAGAUCAAGUUGAAUCGGUGAUCUUGAGCUUGAAGAAUUUGACUGAAGCCAAUACAACAAACGAUCCUGUGCUCAAUUCGGCUAUUUUGGACUGUUUAAACAGCUGGAUUGCCGAGUGUCCAGUUGACCAGAUUUUGAAUGUGCACUCGUUGACUACAUUGAUAUUUCUGAGCUUAUUACAGGAUUCGACUUUUGACAAGGCAGUUGAUUGCUUGGUGACUAUUAUACGAGAAACUAGAGACAUUGAUAACUACCACAUUAUCGAUGCUAUAUAUCAGCAGAUUUUGCAGCUAAACAAACUCAUGCAUGAAAACCCCGACAAUUUGGAAGAUGCGGAAAAAAUUGACGGGUUGACUAGAUUAUAUGUUGAAUGUGGAGAGUCCUGGCAUGCAUUGAUUGCUCGAAAUCCAACUCACUUCAAACCGCUUGUGGAAAUCUUGUUGGAGUUUACAAAGAACAGAGAAGAUUUGGACGUUGCCAAAUACACUUUUCAGUUUUGGUAUUUGCUCAAGCAGCUCGUGGUCAUGCCCAAAUUUGAAGAGGCGAGAGCUGCAUUCAGCGACGUAUACUUGAAACUAAUAACGGUAAUUAUCGGACACUUGACUUAUCCCAUUGCAGCUGAUGAUAACUUGUUUGAUGGCGAUAAAGAACAAGAAGACAAGUUUAAAGAAUUUAGAUACGAGAUGGGCGAUGUGCUAAAGGAUUGUUGUGCCGUGGUUGGCGCUUCUAGUGCAUUGCAGAUUCCUUUUGAAAGAAUACAAGCGGUGUUGUCGGACUCGCUGGGCCACUGGCAAAACCUUGAAGCUCCCUUAUUUUCAAUGAGAGCCAUGGCGAAAGAAGUGCCCACCAAGGAAAAGACAAUCUUGCCCGUGAUCAUGUCACUUUUGGUGCGAUUACCUGAACAUCCAAAAGUCCGGUACGCGGCCACUUUGGUGUUGGGAAGGUACACGGAAUGGACAGCAAAACACCCAGAAUACUUGGAGCCACAGCUCAAUUACAUCACUAAGGGGUUUGAAAUUGGCGAUAAUGACAAUGAGAUCUUGAUGGCCACGUCGCAGGCAUUGAUGUACUUUUGCCAGGAUUGCUCUCAGUUGCUUGUCAACUACUUGGAGCAGCUUUACAUGUUGUAUGGGCAAGUGCGUAACCAAGUCGACAUCCAGUCGAACUUUGAGUUGGCUGAUGGCUUGGCGCAUGUUGUCAGCAAACUGCCCGAUGAUGCACUUUACAAGACUUCGGAGAUGUUUUUGCAGCCUUCGAUUGAAACUUUACAAGGUUUGAUCUCGACAUCAGCAAAUGAAGCAACUCAUCAACAACAAAUUGCCGAUCAAAUCGAAGUGAUUUCCGUUUUUCUCGACGUUUUCAAACUUAAUGAGUUUGACAAUGCCAAUCACCCAGUGGCGACUUUGUUUAUCGAAAAGAUAUGGCCUUUGACUACUACAAUUUUGAGCAAAGAAUCGAGUUCGUUGCUUGUAAAUGAAAGGUGCAUGAAGUUGGUCAAGACUGCAAUUCUAUCAUUCAGCUCCUAUUUGAAUCCCAUCUUGCCGGAAAUUGCCCAAGUGUUGCACCAGGGGUUCCAAAAGACGCACUUUGGUUGUUAUCUAUGGGUCACUGGAGUCGUUAUCCGUGUAUUUGGAGAUGAAGAGUUUUCGCAUCCUGAAGUUACCAAUGCAGUUUAUGAAUUUUCACUUCAGCAAUGCCAAGUGUUUUUUGAGCAAUUGUUUAGCAAGAAGGACGAUGCCGAAAUCAGAUUGCACCCAGAAGUGAUUGAAGAUUUCUUCCGGAUGUUGAACGAUUUGCUCAUGUUUUAUCCAUUCAAACUUAUCCCCGACCUUGCCAUGCUCAAGUCCGUUGCCAAAGCCGCUGAGAUCACGUUGAAUGUGAUUAACGAAUACAAUCCAAUCAUCUCGUGCAUUCAUUUCUUGAUUGAUCUAGCCUCAUGGGGGAUGGAACAUCCGCCGAUUUCACUUUUUGAGCAGCAAGAUACCGAAUCGCUAAAGCAGGCCAUCAAGCAGUUUCUCGUGGUUGACAAUCAAGGCGGGGAGUUGCUAACUGCUGUUUUCCACGGCUUGAUUUUCAAGUUCCAUGCCGAUGUGCAGCAAGAUGCCAACGACCUCAUCUUGAAGAUCUUGGUUGUGGUGCCAAACCACGAGACUGCCAUUACCUGGUUGAGGAAUGCCAUUAUCAGUUUGCCUAAUGUUAAUGAAAAGGAGACCGACCGGUUAUUGGGCACGGUUGACGUUGCGUUGCAGAAUAAGGAUAACCGGAGAGUCCGCAGUAGUUUGAAAGAUUUCGUGAACUGGUACCUGAGAAAGAAUGUCACCCCCAGGUCAGAGUUUUGA